GUCACACAUAACAAACUGGAAGACAAAAUCACCGCCAACACAGGCAAUGCUAUAGCCUACAUGUACAGCUUCUGCGACCAGAAGGGCUACGAUGUCAUUGAUCUUGACCCGUACGGCACUGCAGCCCCAUUCAUCGAUGCAGCCAUCCAGGCCAUCAACGACGAUGGCAUGCUCUGUGUAACCUGCACCGAUUCUGCCAUCUUCGCCUCUCACGGAUACCUGGAAAAGACCUACUCCCAAUACGGCGGACUGCCCUUCAAGGGUGAGCCGUGCCACGAGGGGGGCCUGCGCUUGAUCCUGCAUGCCGUAGCCUCCUCGGCCGCUCGCUACGGCAUGGCCAUUGAGCCGCUGCUCUCCCUCUCCAUCGACUACUACAUUCGCGUGUUUGUGCGGGUACGGAAAGCACCCAACGACGUGAAGCUGCUUGCUGGCAAAACCAUGCUCGUGUACCACUGCGAGAGUGGCUGCGGCGCCUGGUCUACACAGUUUCUGGCACGCAAUAAGGUUACCAAGAACAAAAACGGUGACCCAAUGUAUAAGCAUGGCUUCGCGCAGGGGCCGUCCGCGGACCAGCAUUGCCAACACUGCGGCCACAAGACCCACCUGUCAGGUCCCAUGUACGGUGGCCCGCUGCAUAACGUUGGCUUCAUCGAAAGAGUACUAGCGCAGCUGAAUGAAGUUGACCGGCAGACGUACCCGACCAUGGAUCGUAUAGAGGGAAUGCUGCACACUGCGUUGGAGGAGAUUACAUUUGGCGAGAAGCUGGAAAAGGCCAAUGGCGCACAAAAGACGCAAGUGCUAGAUCCUCUGAUUCCCAAAGCGGAUCCUGCUGAGCUAGAUCACCACCCUUUCUUUUUCAUACCCAGUUCGGUAGCCAAGGUGGUCCACUGCUCCGCACCGCCAUUGGCAGCACUGCGUGGUGCGCUCCGACACGCGGGAUUCAGGGUGACUAUGAGCCAUUGCAAACCUGGGUCUAUCAAAACGGAUGCAUCCUGGAAAGACAUCUGGCACAUUAUGCUUGAAUGGGUGCGGCAACGAGCGCCGCUCAAGAAUGCGCUCAAAACAGGAAGCCCAGGCCACGCUAUAAUGGAAAAGGCCAAUUCAACUGGCUAUACUCGAGACACGGCUGCUCAAGUAUCGGCCACCUCGGCGCCAGCAGCGCCAGACAACGCGGAGAUUGUCGCUGAUGGUUCGGAUACAACGGAGACAAAACUUCCUGCUUACCUCAACACCAAGUUCGAGGUCAACUUUGACGAGAAGCUCGGCAAGGACCAUGACAGGGGAAAAUACGUCCGCUACCAGCUGGCUCCACGCGAAAACUGGGGCCCGAUGUCGCGGGCAAAAUGAUUCAGUGUUAACGAAUGACAACUUUU